GGUGAACAUGAUGAAGUCCGAACUGCUCUGGAUUAAACAAUCCAAGGACUCUAUUGUUAACAUUCCAUUUAAAUUGGUGGCUGACUCCUUCAGAUAUCUAGGUAUCAUGAUCUCUUCCAAUCCAGAUAUGUGGUAUAACCUUAAUAUACUUCCAGUAUUGAAUAAAAUUAAAGAGAAUCUGAAAAACUGGCAAAACCUUCCUCUCUCCUUGUCUGGUCGUAUUGCUCUAUACAAAAUGAUCAUCUUCUAUGAGGACAAGAACUUCCAGGGCCGCUCCUAUGAGUGCAGCUCAGAUUGUUCGGACCUGACCUCAUAUUUCAGCCGCUGCAACUCCAUCCGGGUGGAAAAUGGCAACUGGAUUCUUUAUGAAAAGCCAAAUUACAGGGGGCACCAGUACUAUCUGAGGAAUGGAGAAUAUCCUGAUUUCCAACAAUGGAUGGGUUACAAUGACUCCAUCAGAUCCUGCCGUCUAACUCCACAACAUCGUGGUCCAUUCAGAAUGAGGAUAUAUGAGAGAGAAGACUUCAAAGGUCAGAUGAUGGAGUUUACUGAAGAUUGUCCUCAUGUCUAUGAGCAAUUCCGUUACCAUGACAUCCACUCCUGCAAUGUGUUUGAUGGUCAUUGGAUCUUCUAUGAGGAACCCAACUACAGAGGGCGUCAGUACUACCUUAAACCCGGAGAGUACAGGAAAUACAACGACUGGGGAGCCAUAAACUCCAGAAUCGGCUCCUUCAGACGAGUCAUGUAUCAUUAA